ACAACAGCUAAGACCGCUCAAUGGAGGACCCAUCGGUCUCACUUCCAUCCAAGUCCAGAUGGGAUAAUCACCCCCGGUUGCAUUAAUAUUUCCCCUGCAUGGUUUCAGCAAGGACGAGAGAAACAUGGUUUCCCGAAUCUUGACCCGGAAGAUGGUUUCUCACCAGAGGUAUCCGCUGCACUGAAAGGUGAUGCCAGUCGCAACAUUACAACAUCCCUUCAAAGGUCCGGUAUCAUCAUCUCUGCUGCACUUCGAGUCAUGCACCCUGAUCUGUAUUGGGCCGGAAUGGCAACUCAAGUCAGGCUUGGUGAAUGGGCUGCCAAAUAUGAAUUGGAUGAGAUGAGCCAUCAUCUACGACACUGGACAUCCGUUUUCAAUGUGGUGUCAGUAAUAUGCAAUCGCCGGAUGCCCCCUCAUAGAGAUCCGAAAUCAUUUGAUAUCAUGACGACCGCUGGUAUUUAUCAGCCGGUCAUCAUGGAUUUUAUGAACCUUGGGAUCAAAUUUUUAUAUGACUCUGGCUCAAUGUUGGCAUCAUCAUGUCGACUGGUGAGACAUUACAUGAAUGUGGAAGAAGGCAACCGGAUGGUCACUGCAUGGUACAUGCGAGACAGCAUUCACAACUUUGUUGGAACUCCGAGCACAGAGUAUUCAAAGUAUAGCAAUAUACAAUGC